CUCAAAUACAGAAAUUACAGAGUCGUGAAGGAGGAUUAGAAGGAAAUGAAUGAUUAAUAUAUUUGUCCAUAAAGCUGAUCUCUCCUCCAUUACAGAUGAUGUUGGUGCAGCAGUGAGAGUACCAUCCAUGUCUGGUGAAAUGAGACGAGCAUCUUUGACUGUACUCCUCAUUCUAAGCAUCUUUCCAAGUGAGCCUGACCCCAGGACAUUAUCAGUCUGCGUUUAUAAGGAUCUAUAAGUUUAUUUUUCACUAUGCAAUAGAUUCCCAGUGAGGGACUUUAUUUACUAUAAUUAUUGAUCACCGGAUAGAAGAGAUGAUUUUCAGCUGCAGAUAUCUUUGACUUUGGCAUUAGUAUUUGACAGGGAUGUAAUUAUUGAGGUGCUAAUUCUUUCUCUUUUCCUGAUCCUCUAAUCUCCUGUAGGUGUGUGUCAGGGAGUGGUCGUCACUCAGACGCCGACGUUGCUGUUCGUGAAGGAGGGAUCGCCAGCAAAUAUGACUUGUAGCCAAGAUACUGACUAUGUAAACAUGCUCUGGUACCAACAGAAACCAGGAGAAGGACUAAAGCUUAUGAUUCAGUCACUGGAAGCUAAUACAAAGCAGAGAAUGGAACCAGACUUUGAAUUAGACUGGAAGCUAGUGAGAAAUGACAUCAAGAAUUCCAUUCUACAACUCAUCUCUUCCAAAACGCAGGACUUGGCUGUGUAUUUCUGUGCAACAUCCCACAGAAUGAAACCUAAGGGAGGCAGCUGGCAUUAAAUCUCAC